CUCCGGCCGGCUUGCGGUGAAGACGUGGUAAGCCUCUGACUCGGAACCUCUCGGAAACCGUUUUCGCGGGGAGUCAAGGGCCUUUUUGUCUCAGGCACAGGGCAGCCCAAAUUGAGUUACAAUUUGGAUGUGAAACCACCGUUGUACCCCAACUUAGAGAAGACCCUUGACUCACAGGUUGGAACGAUUCCAAUAGCCUACCUUGUAGAAUGCUUCAGCUGCACAUAAUUUCCUUUACAACAAGGAAGAUGUCGGAGUUUUCUGUUUAGAUCAACAACUUCAAAUUUUCAGCAUGGAAAAUUCCGAGAAGACAGAAGUGGUUCUCCUUGCUUGUGGUUCCUUUAAUCCUGUCACCAACAUGCACCUUAGGUUGUUUGAGCUGGCCAAGGACUACAUGAAUGCAACAGGAAAGUUUAGAGUUAUCAAAGGCAUAAUAUCUCCAGUUGGUGAUGCAUAUAAGAAGAAAGGACUCAUCUCUGCCCAUCAUCGAGUUAUCAUGGCAGAACUUGCCACCAAGAAUUCAAGAUGGGUGGAAGUUGAUACCUGGGAGAGUCUUCAGAAGGAGUGGAUAGAGACUGUGAAGGUGCUAAGGUACCAUCAAGAGAAACUGGAGGCUGGGAGCUGUGAUCGUCAGCAGGACUCACCUGUGCUGGAAAGGCCUGGACAGAAGAGGAAGUGGGUUGAACAAAGACAAGAUUAUAGUCAGAAGAAGCCCCUAGAGCCAAGAAAAGGUGUGCCAAAGGUAAUGCUGCUGUGUGGGGCAGAUUUCUUGGAGUCCUUCGGAGUUCCUAAUCUGUGGAAGAGUGAGGAUAUUGCCCAAAUCGUGGAAGAGUAUGGGCUCGUCUGUAUUACUCGGGCUGGAAAUGAUGCCCAGAAAUUCAUCUAUGAAUCCGAUGUGCUAUGGAAACAUCAGAACAACAUUCACCUGGUGGAUGAAUGGAUCACCAACGACAUCUCAGCCACAAAGAUCCGGCGGGCCCUCAGAAGGGGCCAGAGCAUUCGCUACUUGGUACCAGAUCUUGUCCAGGAAUAUAUUGAAAAGUAUAACUUGUACAGCCCCGAGAGUGAAGAGAGGAAUGUCGGGGUGAUCCUGGCUCCUUUGCAGAGAAAUGCUGCCGAAGCUAACUCCUUUGCACACAGAACGAGUUAGCUUGGCUCUUUGUGCUACUACCAAGGAUGCUGCUAAUGCCACAGCAUAAUAACCUAGUUUGGGGUGUCCUCAAAGACAGAACUCCCUCUUCAGAUAAUGGAAAUCAGAACAAUGAACUUCACCGGAGAAUAAAUAGUAACAACUGUUGUGACUUCCGCUGAAGAAGAGGAAACUGCCAUUAUUUAUUCCCUAUCAUGACUUUUUCAUAAUUUGCUUGUGUAAUACAAAUUUAGAGUUGAGGAAAUAUGUAAAGCUGCUGUUUUGUUUGUUUGAUGCUGGUGUUUUUUAUUUGUUGUACUCCUUUACCCCUUACAUUGUACAAUUUGCAGCAAAUGAACUUAUAGUAAAAGGCCUUGACUGGCAGCUUCAUUCAGCUGUACAUACUACA